CCUUUUCACCAUCUUUCGUUGAGAGAAGCUCGUAUCAUCAUCAUCAUCAUGACUCAGUAUGUGACUCGACGAUCACAAAUCCCAGGGUCACGCUUCACUCCCUCAAACCUGGAGCUCAUAAACUACCUUCGCCGGAAAAAAGAAAGAGGGAAAAGCUCUUCUUUCAUACCCGACAUGGAUGUGUACGAGGAAGUACCAUGGCUUCUUCAGCACGUAAGACACUUUAGAUCCAAAGAGAACGAGUGGUAUUACUUCGUUACUAGAAGAAACCGAACUGUGGGCUGUUUUACAUGGAGGAGUACUACUAAAACUUCGAUAUAUAAAGAUGGUGUCACUGUCGGAUAUAUGCGGAGUCUGGCUUUCUCACUUGACGGCAUGGCUACUGGUUGGGUCAUGCACGAGUUUUUAUUGAAUCGUUCGGGAAAAGAAAAAGUGGUUCUGUGUAGAAUCAGGUUUACCCUUAGAGAUGACAAUUCUCAAUAUGCUCCAAGAUUUGAAUCUAGAGUCAUCGGACAACCACAGCCGCCGCGGCGUGAAGAAGCUGCACGGGAAGAUGGUUUAACGUUGGUAGAGAAUAAGAAGAACAAUCUUUAUGUUGGCAUAGCGUCUGGUUCUUGUCCUAGAGAGGAUGUGUCUGCUCAAAGUCAACAGUUUAUGAGACAACAAAAUAGUUGUUUCAAUCCUAACUUUGUCGAAAAUCUAAAAGCUCAGCAACAACAACAAUAUUUAAUACAUGACUCAAAUUUCACGGUGACUCAAAAAGGCAUGAUCAAACAUCAAGAGUUUGGCUCUUCCGGUGAAAGUUCAGGAGGAGAUUUGGCUCAAAACCAUCUCUUAGUGGUUCCUUUGGAGACUCAACAAGGCAUGGAACCGCAACAACAAGAAAAUGUUGUUGAAAAUCAAACAACGGACCCCUCAUACUUGACUCAAGGACAGAAGCAGCAACAUUGUGAACAAGCCACGGAUCUUCCAAUCAACCAAGGCACUGAUGAACCACAUAGAAGCACUACAAGCUCUUUUAGUCACAACGAAUUGAUCCAACAAUCUCUCGGAGAAAUGGAUAAGAUGGCUAACUUUGAGAAAUGGGCUCAACAAGAUCUUGGAGACAUGGAUGAUAUGGCUAACUUUGGGAAUGCAGAAUGGGCUCAACAGCUUGGGGAAAACACACCAGAAGAAGAAGCUGAGUUACAAGCUGAACUCGGAAACUGCAAAACCACCGCUUCUCUCUUUAACUACUUCUGCCCAAUGUAGUUUAAUAAUCCUUUUUUCUGGUUUUCCUCUGUUUCUGGAUGAUCUAAAACAUAUUAAAGUUUUCGUUAGAUC